AAAAUUUCUUUACGUUUUCUUGAGCUACGUUUUGGAAGAAUUACUGAUAGAAUCAAACAUUUUCUGUUUUAUCGAGACAUGAGGUCGAGGAAAUUGCACCAAAGAAACGAGGUGCUUGGAGGUUUUCCUGAGUUUGGUGCAAUAUUCAUGUCUAAUAGAAGUACUUUGCAAGAAUGUUUUGAGAAGAGAUUGUUUGGGCUACCUGUUGGUUACUCUGAUUUUGUUCGAAACAUAAAGGAAGGAAUGACGCUGUUCCUUUUUGAAUUUGAAGAAAGAAAGCUUUAUGGGAUUUUUGAAGCAACAUCAGAUGGUGGCCUGAACAUUGUUCCCCAGGCAUAUGUUUCAACAGGAAGGUCAUUUCCUGCGCAGGUCAAAUUCAAAAUAAUAUGGCACUGUGAUCCUUUAUCUGAAGAUGAGUUUUAUGGUGCCAUUCGAGAUAACUACUUUGGUUCCUACAAAUUCAACUUUGGUCUCACUAAGGAGCAGAUUGAGAGCCUUCUGCAGUUGUUCAGUUCAAGAAAGAUUGAAGUCCCAAGAACUCCAUGUCACAGAAAAAGGAAGAAUAAAAAACAGGGUUACAAGUCUAUAAAAGAUGUGGGGAAGAAAGGGAGGUUUGCGGAGGUUGAAAUCUUCAGAAGGAAGCCUGACAAAAUUCAUGGCAGUUCAGAUAUUUCAGAGCUAGACGUGGAAACAUUUUUGGCAUCUAUUGCUUGUGGAAAAUCUGAAGUCACCCAUUCUGAUGAUGCUUAUGAUCCUGAAAAUCCUGGUUUCCAUCAUUCAGUUGUCCCUAAGGAUCUCAAUGCUGCUUUUGGAGAAUCACAUGAGCUGGUUGCCUUGCAAUCAAAGAAAGAAAACUUCAAUUUUUCUGCAGAAGACACCUUGGAAUAUAUACCCUUGUGUUUACCAGAUUCUGCUGAUGAAGAGGGUUUUGAUGUUGGUGAAUGUACAGGAGAAGAGCUAGGUAAAUUUGUUGACAACAAAUUGUCUAUUAUUCCUGUCCCUCAGUUACCACUUGUGUCUAAUCUGAGUGAUGAAGGAUGUAACCAAAAGAAAAUGGAGGAUUCAGUCACUUCUUCAAAUGGAAGUCCAUGCUCUGGAUUAGAUAACUCGUCCUUGGCUGCUAUUUCCUUCUCAGAUGCAAUUGGCUUUCAGUCCAAACCUGGAAGUAAUUGUUGUGAACUACAGCCAGCCAAGUGUUUGUAUUCUGACAACCUGAAAAAGAGAGCCAGUGUGUUUUCCCGGUUAACUUUUCCUUCUAAGGACUCCAUUUCAAAGAAUCAAAACGAUCUUAGAAUGAAGUUAGUGGAUCAUAAGUUGAGAGUCAAGCAGCAUAGUUGAGGACAAAUUUCCCAGAAUACAAACAUUAUGAUAAAGUUGACAUACCAGGAAUGUUGGGUUCCUAUUAUAACAGGACGUUUCAAGAAAUCACUGCCAAAUGAUGGGAUUGGAUAGUACAUAGUAGUAUAUUUAGAUUGCUGUUUGGAUUUGGAAACUGCUUGGUUUUGCCAAAAAAAGCUAAAAAUAGAACCAUUGUUAAUAUACCAUGAUAGAACAGUGAUUCUUGGUCUAAUUUUAAUAGAAGUGAUUUUAGCUUGAA